AACCUUGUCUAUCUAUCCACAAAAUGGCACCCAAAACCCUCACUUCAUUUCUCUCGCCCAUCUCAUUUCCUCACAAUCUUACUCAUGUCACCACCAAGUUCCUCAAACUCAACUCAAAACCCAUUCCCAUCUCUUGCAAAUCCGCCCAAUCACAGCAAAAAACAGUCUCCGAAGCCCAAUUAACACCCGAACCUAGUGGUACCGGCGCGGCUGUUCAAACCCCUGGCGAUAAAUUUCUUGAGCGGCAACGGGAAUUUGAGGCUGCUAAGCUUGUAAUGAAGGAAGCUAAGAAGAACCGGAGAGAGAAAGUCAAACAAAAAGCUUUGAAGGUGAGCUCUUCGGUGGUAAGCUGUUAUGGAUGUGGAGCUCCAUUGCAGACUUCGGAUCAGGAAGCUCCGGGUUUUGUUGACCCGGAUACUUAUGAAUUGAAGAAGAGACAUCACCAACUUAGAACUGUUCUUUGCGGAAGAUGCAAGCUUUUAUCUCAUGGCCAUAUGAUAACUGCUGUUGGUGGAAAUGGAGGGUAUGCCGGCGGGAAGCAGUUUGUUACGGCUGAUGAGCUUCGAGAAAAGCUAUCUCAUCUGCGUCAUGAGAAAGCUUUGGUUGUCAAAUUAGUUGAUAUUGUAGACUUCAAUGGCAGCUUUUUAGCCCAUGUCCGUGAUCUUGCUGGUGCAAACCCAAUCAUAUUAGUUGUGACUAAGAUUGAUCUCCUUCCGAAAGAGACAGACUUUAAUUGUGUUGGUGAUUGGGUUGUAGAGGCAACUACAAAGAAGAAACUUAAUGUUAUGAGUGUUCAUCUUACAAGCUCAAAGUCAUUGGUUGGAAUUUCCGGAGUUAUCGCAGAAAUUCAAAAGGAGAAAAAGGGUCGGGACGUCUACAUUCUGGGCUCAGCGAAUGUUGGGAAAUCUGCCUUCAUCAAUGCUUUACUAAAGAUGAUGGCGGAACGGGAUCCAGCUGCUGCAGCUGCUCGAAAAUAUAGGCCUAUACAAUCUGCUGUUCCCGGAACUACCUUAGGUCCUAUUCAAAUUAAUGCAUUCCUUGGAGGAGCGAAAUUAUUUGACACACCUGGAGUUCAUCUUCAUCACAGGCAAGCUGCAGUAGUUCAUUCAGAAGACUUGCCUAUUCUUGCUCCCCGGAGUCGUUUAAGGGGUCAAACUUUCCCGAAUGCUAAGGUGGCCUCGGAAAAUGGGCUAGCAGACAAAUUUGAAUCCAGUGGCUUGAAUGGCUUUUCGAUAUUUUGGGGAGGUCUCGUUCGAGUCGAUGUCUUGAAGGUUCUCCCAGAAACAAGCUUAACAUUGUAUGGCCCCAAGGCUCUGAAGAUUCAUAUAGUACCUACUAAUGAAGCAGAUGAAUUUUACCAGAAAGAGCUUGGAAAUUUAUUGGCACCUCCAUCUGGGAAAGAGGGAGCAAAAGAUUGGAAAGGACUUGGACUCGUACGUCAAUUGCAAAUAAAAUUCGAAGAUGCAGAAAGACCUGCAAGUGAUGUGGCUAUAUCCGGUCUUGGAUGGAUUGCUGUUGAACCUGUGAGCAAAUCACGUAGAAAGCCUGAUUUAAAUGUAGACAACAUUGUCAAAGAACUGCAUUUGGCUGUCCAUGUCCUAAAUCCAGUCGAGGUUUUUGUUCGGCCUCCGCUGCCAGUUGGCAAAGCUGGAUCAGAACGGUAUCAGUAUCGAGAGCUGACGGAGAAAGAAGAGGAAUUAAGACCCAAAUGGCAUUUCUAGCUCCAGCCGUUCUUCUGUUCAGAAAUAAGUUGAACUUCUGUACAUAAACAUUGUGUAAAACUUAAAAUUUUAAAGAUGUCCAUGUAUAACUUUUGCAAAUUUUGCCAUUGAUUUCCUAAACGUUUCGACAAAAUUUACUUUCA